CCCUGAUCUGUUCAGCGCGUGGCGGGGGUCUGAAUGUCCCAGCGGGAUUAAAUACGCGCCUCCGUCAUGCCCUGAUCCUUUCUUCCCUCGACCGACUGCGCAUCCCUGCGCCCUCUCCUCCUCCCUCCAUCUUCGUGCGCGCUUGCCUCACAACUUCCAGGGAACGCUUCGCAAUGCAGGACGUCUAUUCCGCCACAUCGCCUCUUCCCUCCUCGUCGCGCUUUCAGCUGUACAACACGGCGAAGCAUCACGUUACCAAAGGCCGAUACAUCACGUCUAACGAUGCCCGUGGCUACAUACCCGUCUUCGAAUACCCUCUCAACGGCCAGUGGAUCAUGAUGGACAUCGACGAUGGAUACGUUCUAUGGACGGGCAUCUGGAAAGCACUCGGAAAUUCGAAAGCCGACAUCGUGAAGAUGGUCGACUCGCAUCCCGAGCUCGCGUCUGUUAUUCGACGUGUGCGCGGAGGAUACCUCAAGAUACAAGGCACCUGGAUGCCGUACGAGGUCGCUCUCCGCCUAGCACGGAGGGUCGCUUGGCCUAUCCGAGAGGACCUGGUGCCGCUCUUUGGCCCGUCCUUCCCGGAUAGUUGUCUAUCGCCGGACCAGCCAGGAUACGGCAAACUUUUGCCUUCCGCAGGAAAUCGUAGACGCGCACGACGUGCUCCUCAGGCGGCGCCGCCGCCGUCAGAGAGCGUGCUCGCCAGUGGUAGCGUCUAUCGGCGCAUUCCAUCGGAGCAACGCCUUGGAGCAGAGCGCCCUCUACAGGUGCUUUCGGGACCAGGCGGUCCCCGAGUCAUCAGAUCAGCGUGCGGCUCUCCUCCCACCUCUCUCCCGCCCUCCCCUCGUCAAGCGAGCCGCUACCGCUACAGCCCGUAUGCCGGCCCGCCUCGCCAACACCAACGACUCUCGUCGAGUUCUUCCGUCGUGUCGUCGAGCUUCUCCGUACCCUCGACACCGCUCUCCAUCGCCUCGGUGUUGCCCUCUCACCGCGACCGCGCGCGUACGAUGCCUAUGCUCGACAACGACUUCGCUCUCCCGCCCAUUCGCGCAUCUUUCCCGACAGGACUGACCGGUGCUCUGCCGUCGAUAUCAUCUCUUGACGCCUCGCGCACUGCCUGCUUGCAAGACCCCGCUGCCGUGCUUCGUCGUCUGACGAGCACGAGCGAUGACUCCAUGGAGCCUUCGUCGCCGCCACUACCCAGCUUGAGUUCUUCGCGCGCAGCGCGUCCAUCUCUCAACCUCGACCUACCCUCCGUCCCCCCAUGUACACCCUCGCCUGUAUCGCCCUCUAGCCCGGAGACGCCGCACUCGCUGACGCAGCUCGUGCCCUUAUCCAUGCUCGAGGAGAAGGCCCGCGUAGCUGACUUGUCGCGCCACACCGAAGCCUAUCGCUUCGGUCGUUCCGAGAACGAGCUGGACAAUGCUCACCACAUACCCCUGCGCCCGUGGUGAGGACGGCCGGCCGCCUCGCUCUCGCUCGCACCAUAUACAUACUACGCAUACCGUAUAGACAGUAUUUAUUCGCUAUCAUAUUACCUAGUUAUCGUUCUCCUCCCUCUGUAUAACUAGUACCGGUUACCUUCGUGCGCGAUCUUGAUAUCCUCUUGGGACCCCAUAUU